GGGUCAGGCUGCAGAAGCGGGCAAGGCCGUGGCAUCUUUCCUUUUCCUUCCUCUUGCUCUGUUUGCUUGGUGUUCUUCAAUCGGGAUAGCCAGAGCCAGUAUGGCAAGGAGCCUUGGCGCCCACAACCUCCAUAACGGGCAGAGUCUUGCGUAAUAUUUGUGUGGGCUUUACGAGCUAGAGAAGGUCCACGCUCCCUUAGCAUCAGAGAGUGAGUGUAUAGCAAAGCUCUUAAGGUUGUUUCUGUGCUUCCGAAGUAAAUCCCGUUAUAGGAUGGGUCACAGUUCGAAAAAAGCGGGGUAUGGAGUCCAUUGUUAGAGUAGUCCUAUUUAGAUUAGGCCCAUUGAAAGGAGUGGGACUGAAUAUUUGAUACAACGCUAUAAUAGUAGGAAAAAAUGCCUGCGUUACCCUUGCGCCUACCUGGUAUCUGUCCAUUUCCGUCGUUGUGGAAAAUUAUGGACUUCCUGAACGGUUGUGUGUUCAGGGUCGGGUGCUCUGUGAAACGCCCUGAUUCUGGGGGUAAAGGAUGCUUACAAGUCUGUUCAAGAGGAAUUUUCUUUGCUGGGUGUUCCUUAGUUGCUUGUGUGUGGGGAGAGAACUUGUGGAAAUUUUUUGUAUGAAAGUACCUGGAGUUUGAAGUUUAUACUUGCUGUUUAUUCCUUUUCUCUUGACUGUGAUUAAUGUUAGUACAGAUCAUGGAAGAAAAUCAACAUUUUCCCUGCUGCCUUUGCAGGCUCUUCUCUUCUGCUGGGAUUUUUUUCUAGCCAAGGAUUCCUCCCAGGUUACAAAUUGACAGCCAGUGAAUUGUUCAAAGCAUCUUUUUGCCAACAGCAUGGAUUGGGACACACAGCUCAGCUCAAUAUUGACUGAAACAGACAGCAACAUGGCCAAAAUUAAGCGUCUGAACCCAGCCAACAUCUCUUCCAAAGCUGAUUCGUUGCUGGACAGAAUAAAUACUGAGAGUGCUGUUCUGACUGAGCCACAGACUGGACCACUGCCCCUGCCUUUCUCAUGUAAAGCUCACCCAUGCUGUAGAAUGGCCACUGAGGAGCUUUCAGCCAUCAGCAAGCAACUGCAUUCGCAAGCCCAGGUCAUAGAGUCCCUCACCCAGGCAGUACAUCGGCUGAAACAGGAGAAGGAAAUGCAGCAGCAGAGUAUCAGUCAGCUAGAGGGGGAAGUAGAUCGACUGCAGCACAAUUCACAUGGUGCCUUGGAAUCGGUAGUGGGACUCAGGAUGGAAGGAUUGAAGAGUGAAUUACAUAGCUUUCGUCCACACGUGUUUCAACAGUCAGAUGGUGACUGCACUCCUGAUCUGUUUUCCAGCCCUGGCAUCAUGCAAGAUAUGCUGGAGAGCAAGAAAAUCUUGUGGCAAGAAUAUGAAUGCAUCAAAAGAGAGUUAGAGCAGCUGAAACUCAAGCUUGAUCACCAAGAGGAGGAUCUGUUCAAUCAAGUUUCUGCUACUCAUGAGAUUAAGAGGACUCAAAGCCAAUACUGUAAGAUGCUGGAAGAUCUGAUGAACACUCAUAAAACUCAGACUCAGGAUUUGGAUAAAGCUAAGCAUGAGACCCAGAGCACCCAGCAGGAACUCAGCUAUGUCAAAUCUGCAGUUACUGACUUAAAAGAACAGGUGAAAAGUCUUCAUUUGGAUGACAAGCUGAAUGCCAUGCCAUUCAAGAAAGAAAGCAUUCAUAUGAGGAAAAAAAAAGAAUUGUUGCAUGAAGAUGCCUUGUUCUUUCUCAGUGAUGAUUCAGUCUCUGAGUUCAGUCUCACAGAUGUCAGCUCAGAUGAACUCUUCAGUGAACCAGAGAUUGCACAACUUGCUGAUGACAAGACUUCCAUACAAAGCGUGGAGCUGGAGGAAGGUAUCCCUGGAGGGGCAACUGGUGGCAUGUUGGAGAGAGCAGAGCUCAGCAGUGAGUUGUCCAGCAGUCUACCUGAGCUCAACUUGAGUGACCUUUAAAACUUCAUCAAAGUGUUGCCUCAUUCUUUCUAAUGAGGAUAUGAAUUAAAAAGGAGAAACAUAUGGACUGCUCUGCUACAUGAUGAGCUGCUUUUUGUACAAAGUCAAAAUGAGGUAGGAGGGAAGGCGUUACCUCAGCCUGUAUUCUGUUAGCACGAUAUGAUGUGGAGGCCCUGAAACCUUUUGAGAGGACUGCCUGUCGCUCAGUGGCUUCUUGCCAAUGUAUCUUUCAGGAAAGGCACAGUAGUAUUGCUAGUCCCUGUAUGUUCAGUUAGUGGAACAUAUCUGCUUUUUUCCAGGAGUUGGACAUUCCCAAUUCUCAUAAUGUUUAAUUAGUCUGUAAGCUAAUACUGAGACUGAACUGCAAGACAAAACAUUGUGGAAAUUAAUUCAUCUUAAACCACAUUCUGAUAAUCUGCCAUACUGUGUGCUUCCACCAAGAGCAUCUGGCUCUCCUGUCUUCUAAAAUAAAACCAGGGCAGGCUUACUGUGAUUGGAGGGACAUUACAGUCCUGGAGGUAGGAGGAUGGGGAGACAUCCUGUGAGAAUAUGCCCAUAGGUUGGGAAUCUGUCUGGGAGCAAGAGGGUAUAUCUGGGAAAUUCUGUGUGUGCCUAGUAUGUUUUCUUGCUCAUUGAGCUGCUUGUGAAUUACAGUCUACUGCCAUAUGCAGGCCUAUUUGCCUAUUGUGGAUUUUGUGGUUCAGUGGAAAAGAAAGUAAAAUACAGUUCAGUGCACUGCCUAGUGCUCUUUUAA